AUGCAACACGCAGUCGCCAUUCACGGGGACAACGACCUUCGAAAGGCUAUCCAUGACUUUAAGAAAAUACAGUUCUGUGACAUCUGCGACUUCGUCACUGAUGACGGUGAACCCGCGAUCAAUCAACACCACAAUUAUCAUGUUCACCGGAAGCCGUACAUCUGCACGGUGUUUGCAAACAAUAUCAUAUGCGACAAAAGAUUCUACGGCUGCCCAGACCUCAACAAACAUCGCAGGAAGGUGCACGGUCUGGGGAUGCUUUACUCUACGACAACGGAUCAGAUGAAGUGUGAUUAUGACGCUUGGUUUAUUCGAGCAAGGGAGGCAGAGAUUCAUCGGGCAGUAUUACGAAGCUCUGCGCCAUCGGCGACAGAGCCGCGCCCUGCACACGCGCCCUGCGAUCCUGCUCAGCCCGAGGUAUCCGAGUCUCCUCGGCAGGAUUCCCGGCAGCGAAGACACGCCCGCCACGCGGCACGCACACCACCUACAUAUCUGCCGCCUUGCAGUCCACCUGCAGCGUCCACGUCCUCCCAUAACACCCCUUCUGGUCGUGCAUCGCGGUCGGAAGGGAGGGCACCACCUCGACGGCGUGGCUCCUGGGGACGGCCACCUGCGCAGCCACGGGGAGAGCCAGCGCAGCUGCCCCUGUCGUAUGCGCCCUCGAACGCCUUCAAGGGGAAUCCAAUGCACGACGCCACGCAUCCUGUAUCGCAUGUUCGAGGGACACCCGCUCUAUUGGGACGCCGAACGUCUCGCCAUGGACCGACAUCCUCGUCGACGUCUCGCGAUGCAAUGGCUCCCUCGACGUCACCCAUGACCUCGUCGAUCGCAGCUGGCUAUAGCGGUCACCCAACGUGGAAUGGCAAUUAUCCGGCCUCGCCUAGCCUGAGUUCGGUGAAUCGCGGUAGAGGCUCUGCGCAUCACGGUAGGGAUCCCGAGCAUCCUGUCUGGGGUCCUGUGGACCAGCAAAGGUCUUCGGCGUAUCCUGAACUCGAACCUGCCUACCAUCCUGCUCCUCCACCUCAGUAUCAUGUCGUUUCUGCGCGGCAUCCUUUCGCUGCUGCCGAAGGCGUCCAACAGCCCAACGGCUUGAACCACCAGCCAAAAGGCUUCGACCAUCCGUCAUACCCGAGCUUCGACCACCCGCAGAACAGCUUGCCUGUGAGCCACCCGCCUCAGACUGACAGCUCCGACGAUCCGUCCGACAGCGUCAGCCACUCGCCGCCUUCGGAACCUAGGAGUCGACCCGCGAAGAAGGCGCGACCCUCGCCGGUGCCGUCGAUCUCUAACACGUCCAGGCGUUCGUCGAUGCCUAGCUCGUCCAGGCGCUCUCCGAUGCCGAAGUCCUCCACGCGGCCUUCGACGCCACGCACCCACACUCGUCGAGGCUCCGGGCCUGUCUCACCAUGGCGAGGCUCUGCACCUGCAUCCGCGGGUUACGGCUCGAGCAGUGAUUUUCCGAGUACUCCCACGUCGUCGCACCCCUCAUCGGAUGUGUUCGCUCCUUCGCCGUACGCGCCUACUCGGAGCACUCACGACUUCGUCAAGGCGACUCAUGCUGCGGAGGCAAGUGGUCCACCACCGUCGUCACGCGCAUCCGCUCUCCACCGGGAGUCCCCUGGCUGGGCGAGCGUUUCUUCGUCUCUGGCCCCUUCGCCGUCACACACGUCUGCCCCGCCAUCUCGACAGGACUCCGCUCCGAGCUCGUACUAUGUCGACUCGAACGGAUGGCCCGCCGCCCCGCCUGCACACCACGCUCGAAGCGUCUCCGAGGGCGCCACGGCAACUUCCGGUGAAUCGAUGAAGGACGCGGAAUUCUCGGUUCAGCUGCUGCAGCGUCCGGAAGUGCAGGCAGUAAUUCAGCGGAUAGCAGUCGCAGCAGCGUUAUCCGCUGCAGAGCAAACUAGGAGUGCGUCUGCGCGUCCCCUGGGCUCACCGUUUAGACAUCCUUCGGAGCCUCGCACACCUGCUCCCAGGGACUCGUCUGCCAGCUCCUCACCAUGGCAUAGUCGAAAUGCUAGCGGGGCGAGUACCCCUCCCUCGGCAUCGGACAGCUCGCUGUAUGCAUCCGACCCAUCAUCUCACCAGGCCUCUGCUCCGGGUUCUGAUCCUGAGCUGAAUGGCUGGCUCGUCGAUACGGCUCCCGUGCAACACGAUGUGGCGUCCCACGACCGUCCGACAGCACCAGCGUAUGGUGAGCCAUGCAGAGGCGAUCCUGCGUCUGAAGUCGGGGCUACGGACCUGAAUAUUGCGAUGCGACAGAUGGCGUUUGGCUCGGCACCGUCGGAGAGCGCGCCUGCGCAUCCCGGGGGCUCGUUUGAACGAAGCGACGCCGGGACCGACUCGUCGCAAGGGCAUGCGCCUCAGCAGGAUCAGGCGCAAAACUUGGGCAUCACGGUGAUGAGUGCUGAUUCAUCUGAGUUACCUCAGGAGUGGCAAGGCUUCUCGCUGCUACCGUCACCACCGUCGGCGAUGCUGGAGUGCCCUCAAACGACCGAAGGCACCGUUCAGGCAGAUGGGCAUGCCGCUGCUCUCGCUGACACAGCGAACAAUCCUAACUGGCACCCGUGGUCAGAAGGCAUGCCGGCGUCAAGUCCCAACCUCGCGCUCCCCGCCCCGGAACCAAACCCCCCAUCCACAUUCCUCCCCGAGUUCGCCGAAAUGCCUUGUCAAGACGGCCAGAGCCUGUCGGGCAACGCGAACUCCCUCCAGGACAAUGCAGCGGGCAUGAGCAUGGGCGACCCAACUUUUCUUAUGGACGAAGAUAUGAUGGACCCGGUGUACAACACUUCUGGUUUUCCUGAUUAUCAGUCCAAUUGA